UAAUGGGUCUAACUAAACAAAUCAGAACAAAAGUCUGGAUUCUAAAGUGCCUUCUACAUCUGACUGAUCAAAAUUGUUUGAAAAAAGUGUAACCCUAAAGGCAGGUAUAGAUCUAGAUCUAAUAGGACCGAUGGUCUUCUGUAAGCCUGUGGCGUUUGCCCUGCUCGUGUGUGUGGUACUGACAGAAGCUAUAACCUUUAGCCCAGCAACAGAAGCUGUAACCUCUAGCCUAGCAACAGGAGCUGUAACCGUUAGACCAUCAAUAGAAGCUGUAACCUCUAGCCCAGAAACAGAAUCUGUAGCCCCUACAGAAUCUGUAACCCCGAGGCUAGCAACAGAUGCUGUACUUCCUGGCCCAGCCACUAACGCCACUAUAUCAAAGGCAUGUAAAGUGUCCUAUGCUAUUGCAAAAGGCCACACCGCAGUCGAUGACUGCAAGAUCAUGGAACAAAUACAGCUGGGAAUGACGUUUUACAGACUAGUGGUCAGCAUUAUGUAUUGCACGGAAAAAGAGUUCAAUCUAAUGAAAAUAAAUCUGUGCGGCCAACCGUCAGACAACUUGAACCAAUCAAGUCCUUCGACAGUCCAGUUUUACAAGCAACUCAGCAUAUUAGAAGAGCGCUGUAUUCUGACCAGUCUAAGAUGUAUAGUCUUUAACCCGUUAGCAAUAAUCUUUAAACAGUUAGAACUAUAUUGUGAGGUGCUGACCACGGCUAUGAAUUGUUCAGGGAUGGAAAACUGCUAUUUUCAUCGGCAGCUGCUCACGGCUGCGUGUAGGUCGACACAUUCCAAACCUUUUGCAACCGCCAUCAUCACUCGUAAGCUGAAGUGCCGGAAUUCGCUGCGGGAGUGCUUGAAGGUCAGCAAAGGUCAGCUGAGCCCACAGUUCCGCUUAAUGACCGAGCAGAAGUACUGUGACAUGAUGCUGCUGACCGGACCUAACGCCACCCAGACCUGCUUGUUGGACCAUGGGUGCACUGCCCAAGACGUAAACGCCUUGAAAACAUUCGCCUGCAAUGGCUCACGUCAUCUGGUGUCUGUUGUCAUCCUGCUUGUAAUGUUGCUCUAUUCGCUUCAAGCGGAAUAGUCAAUGUGGUACUCACUUUUAACAUUUAUUGACAUUUUCCUAUAUUUUAAGUCGGUCUAUAUUUGACCUCAUAAAUAUAUUUGACCUUGUCUUAUAUUUGACCUUGUCUUAUAUUUGACCUUGUCCCAUAUUUGACAUUUUCCUAUACUUUACGUCGUUCUUUAUUCGAUCUCAUAAACAUAUUUGACCUUGUCCUAUAUUUGACCUUAUCCUUUAUUUGACCUUGUCCUUUAUUUGACCUUGUCCUAUAUUUGCAAAGGUGUAGAGAUUGGUAAUUUUUUUCAGGGUAUCAAAGUUUUUAUUAGAUAUUUUUCUACAAUAUAGAUUAAUUUUGCAAUGUUUGUGAUAAUCACGACGAUUUAUUUAUAAAACAAAAUUGUGAAAACUAAAACUGUUUUUAUAAUAAACUUUUAUUUACU